UCUAGUGGAAGGAGACUCUGUAGGGGGCGGAACGAGAUGAUCUUUAAGACCUUUCCAGCCCAAGCCACUCCGCGAUUCCGUGAUAAUAACAAGGAAACCUCACAGUCCUUUCAAGCACUUCUGGCAUUAUUUACUUCCCGUGUGACGUUCAGCCAAGAAGGCCUCGAUGCUGGGCAGGUCCCUGCCCCCAGCCGCUGCCCCGCCCGUGCCUUCGGUUUCGAUUCCCGUCGAGGGCGGCCGAGAGGCGGUGACGAGUCCCCGCCUCGCUCCUGCUGCUGUUCCUCUCCCGCCCCUCUCCCGCCACAGUCCCGUCCCGGCCGGAGGAGCGGGAUGUGCGAUCCGGCCGUGUCCAGUUUCCUCACCCAGACGCUGUGCGCCCAUGGCGGGCGGCUGGGGCUGCGGGAGCUGCAGGAGAACGUCGGGCUGUCGGCGCUGCAGCUGCAGGACACGCUGUCGGCGGCGGGGCCCCGGCGGUUCCUGCUGCUGGAGGGCGGCCAGGUGGUCCUGGCCGUGACGGACGCGCGGGUCUGUGUCCGCAAGGAGUGCGUCGGCUGCGAGCGGCUGCACCUCUGCAAGCAGCACCUCAUGGGCAGGUGCCACCUGGGGCCCAGCUCUUGUAAGUACUCACAUGACAUCAUGAAUGCGGAGAACAAGAAAGUUCUAAAAAAUCAUGAUUUGUCUGGCCUCAGUGAGAAUGAGCUGCAAGUCCUGCUUCUCCAGAAUGAUGCAUUCUUCCUCCCUGAUACCUGCCAGUUAUACAACAAAAAAGGUUCUCGCUGCGCACACCAAAGCAACUGCAACAAGCUUCAUGUUUGUUACUAUUUUCUCAAGGGGAAGUGUAAAUUUCCUCAGUGCCUAAUGUCCCAUAACCUCUUGGAUGACCAUGCAUUGAGAGUGUUGGAAACUGUAGGCAUUGAUGGGAAGAUAGCUUCAAACUUCCAGGCCAUAUGUGAUUACAAGCACAUGGAAUUCAACAGGGCGCCGAAGAAGGUGUAUGUAUCCAACUUCAGAAAUAAUAAUUUGAAAAGGCCAGUAGUUAGAGGGACUAAAGAAGUGAAGACAACUUUGGAAACAGUGAAAUGCAUGCUGGAUGUGCCACCUUCAAAAGGUCCCAGUAGCACCAGACCUGAGCAGAGCCGAGACCACUUGCCAACAGGAGCGGGAGAUAAAGAUAAAGGGAAAAAGAACAGUUCCUCUGAUGAAGCUUCAAAGGACAACAAAAAAGAUAACUGUGAUGAGAUCUGUUUGUUCUAUGUCUGGAAGUACUGCAAAAACAGGGAUAGAUGCCAAUCUGUUCAUUACCAUUUGCCAUAUAAAUGGGAAGUACAUGAUGGGUUGAACUGGAAAGAACUUUCCAUGAUGGAGGAAAUUGAAAAGGCCUACUGUGACCCAAAGAACAGCAGCUUUCCAAGUAAGAACAUUAAUUUCCAGACAAUGACCUGCUCUUCUUCUUUGGUUCGACGCCUCUCUACACCAUCAUCAGUCACCAAACCCACAUUCCUGCUGACCACACAGUGGAUUUGGUACUGGAAGAACAACCAAGACAAGUGGAUUGAAUAUGGAGAACCGGAAGAAGGGACCAGCACGACCUCACCAUCUUCUGCUGUUAUUGAGAAUUUGUAUCAAGCAGAUCCAUGUGCCAUUGUACCUUUCCAGGCUGGCCAACAUCAGUAUGAGCUCAAUUUUAAAGAAAUGAUUCAGACAAAUACUCAUUUUAAAACUCGAAGACAGGUUUGCAGGCGACCGAAAUUCGUGUCUCCUGAAGAUGUGCAGAAGAUAAAGACAGGCAGCCAAAGGGAUUCUUCCAUUCCAAAUCAAACCUGUCCUAGUCACUGGGAUGCAUCUGCACUGCCUGACUUCGGAUAUAAGGCAGUGGUGAUCAGCAACACAACCUCUGAAUACAAUGAAAUAAAGCAGCUGUUUCAUCAGACUAUGAAAAAUUACAGCAUCCUUAAAAUACAGAGGAUUCAGAAUCCAUCCCUCUGGAAGGUGUUUCAGUGGCAAAAAGAAAAGAUGAAAAAGGAAAAUGGAGGAAAGGAAGUGCAGGAAAAACGCCUGUUCCACGGAGCUGACAUCACCUUCAUGGAAACAGUCUGCAGUCAGAACUUUGACUGGAGAAUUUGUGGAAGCAACGGAACUAACUAUGGGAAGGGAAGUUACUUUGCUAGAGAUGCUUGCUAUUCCCACACCUACUGUCAGAGCACGCUGCAGGGACACUCCAUGUUCGUGGCUCGUGUUCUGGUUGGAGACUACGUGAAAGGCAACGCCGCCUACGUCCGGCCCCCAAUGAAGUGUGCUGCCAAGCUGUGGCUGUAUGACAGCUGUGUGGAUAAUGAGUUCAAUCCUGCUGUUUUUGUUGUCUUUGAAAAACACCAGAUUUACCCAGAGUACAUCAUAGAGUAUAGAGAGGAGAGAAUAAGUGUGCAGAAAGACACAGGAAUAAAUGUGCAAAAAGAGACAGGAACAAGAGUGUCUAGAGAGGAGGGAAGAAAAUGUGUCAUAUCUUAGAGGAACGUGGCAGUUUGUGUCCAUCAUCUUGUUUUUCAUAUUGCAGGUGUUCUACUAUGUGACCUUUUUCUUUUUAAUACAGUUCUUCAGAAUGUUAAUCCAGUUUCUGCAUUGAGGAGGGCUGGCAAAGCAGAUGUUACAUUUGUUGUGACUGCCUUAUCUUCUUCUGUUCCUCUCUUAAAUGAAGCACAGACAUUUUGAUAACCAUAGCAGAAAAAUCAGAAUCGUGGGAUGGGAAAUUGAAUGUUAUGACUGCUGUGGGCAAAUAAUUGCAAAUGCAUCGUCUAAAAAAAUAGAGAGGACUUCUCUUUGCAAACAGUUAAAAGAAAAAUUAACACUGCAGUAGUUUUAAAGGAAGCUGUCAGGUGUUUAGUAGCCAGAAAUUCUUUUCAGUGCAGAAUUCACCUGUUCUUGAUCCUCUCAGCUAUCAUUACUAUAAACAACUCAGUGUAGGUAAUAAUGACUUGAGUUUGUUUUCAAAGCACUGCUUGUUAAUGCUGGUACAUGUUUUGAGUUAAAAUGAUAAACAAAAAAAGAAACAGCAUAUUGUAAAUCCAUGUUGUUAGUUCUCGAGAGUUUUCAUCUGUACAAUGGCAGAUGGAUCAGAAAGCUGUUGGAUCAGAUUCCUUGUGGAAAUGAGCAGUAACUUGCUGUAACCUACACAAAAGCAGAGCUCAGCUGAAACUGUGAAAGCCACCACAUGUGAGUAAGCAGAUACCAAAAUGUGGUGGUUUGGCUGCAGCUAAUGGCACAAGGACACAAAGGCUGUGUCCCAAGGAGCCAGGCUUUCCAGUGGGUGUGGCCACGUAGCACAGUAGGACAGGAGAAAUUCCUUAAGGAUCAUGGAGAUGUUCUGUCCUGUUUGUGCAGUAAUUUUCGUUUUUUCCAGAUUAGAAUGGAACCAAGAGAGACCAGUUAGGUUCUCCUGAGGCCAGUGGUAGAACUGUCCCAAGGCACUGUCUGCAUGUUCUGCUGCCCACUUGCAUGGGGCAGGGUGCUGACAAGUGAGAGUCCUCUUUCUGAUUUGGGGGUGAUCCUGGGUCAGAAACCUCUGCAAUUUCUCCUGGAUGUUAGCAGGGAGUCUGUAAGUGGAUCAAACUGAAGGCCCUCUGUACAAAAUGCCAUAUUCAGGCAGUUUAGCUGUUCAGAGGGAAGCUGUGAGUGAGGACAGAGGAGCAGUAAUUUUUAUUUCAAAUAAGCUUUACAGAAAGCAAAUAGCCUGUGAGGUUUUUGCAUCUGUGUUAGAAAUCUGUCAAUCACUCAAAGAUAACAAGUUCUUCCCAAGAGGAACGGAAAAGAUAAAUCCAGAAAAUCUUACUGAAAUGACUUAGAACUAAAUGAAAACACGUGGAGAAGAUUUUAUCAAUUUUAAAGAUCUUUCUUUCUCGUUUGCCUGUAGAAUUCCUGAAUUACUGAGCUUGCUGUAUUUGCAAAUAAACCCUGUGUUCAGGCACUGUCAGUGUG